CUGCUCUUGUCUCGCGUAUACGUUCAGCUCGACUCUCGUGACGCUCGCGUACUCAAGCUGCCGUCUCAGUCAGUCACACGACGACACCAGUCGCGGAAGGGCAUUUUGUAUCACUCAUUUGCCAUACAAGAAUACAUCGCUGCCUUUUUUUGCAUUUUGUGUAUGAUUACUAUUUUUUUUGAAAGUUUAUGUUUAAAAACUAAAUGUGUUAAACAGUAGUUUAGUGAACAGUGGUCAUAAACAAUAACAGUUUUAAUUUUUGUCGUGUUUAUCGUUAACAAGUUAUUUUGCAUGGUAAUUAAAUGUCAGCUAGUGGAGCUUAUUAGACAUGAAUGAUUUGGUGGGAUAUAAGAAAGUGUUGUGUAAAGAGGUGUGGUGUGGAUGAGGUAUGCUGGUGCGGGGUUGCGCAGGGGGCGAGCUCCGGCACUCGCUGGCGGAGAGGACCAAGGCCCUGGCGGCUAGGUGCCACGCGCUGUGCUCGCCGGCGCGCGAGGAGUCUCGCAGCGUCGACCGUGCUCGCACUAGGCACCGCAAGUCGCAGACGCGAUGGUAUGUCAAGCAGCCGACAUGGCGGUUGUGGGGCGAGGAGCGUGUGGACGGCGCGAUUUACACCGUCUAUCUGAAGAAGGUUCGCUACCAUCGACCCACGAGGAGCGCUUCUAGUGAGUCAGAUGACGAGAUCUCUCACUUGGAGUGGGAGACGGUGCGAGUGCGCUUCGUGAAGGCUGGCACCGUCGAGCGGCUGGUGGAGGCGCUGGCCACCGAUGACGGCGAGCUAGAGUCCACAUACGUCAACGUAUUCCUUGCUACUUACCGUUCAUUUGCGGAAUGCAGCCGCGUGCUGGAUCUGCUGGUGCGGCGCUAUGAGACGCUCGCAGCGGAGGACACGCUGCCCUCACACGCCCCCGCCGUGCCCGGCGCAGACCACUCACACCAACAUCGAAAGACUCUGGUGGCAUGUCUCCACGUAUGGUUGGACACCUACCCGGAGGACUUUCGACAACCUCCGCACCACCCCGCACUGCAGCAGCUACUCGCCUUCACUCAGCUUCACUUGCCUGGCUCGGAGCUACAUUUGAAGGUAUUACAGAAGCUAGCUGUGUUCAGUGCAGAGCGCAAUGGUGGCGGGGGCGGGGGCGGGGGCGCGGGCGGCGGGGGCGGCGUGUGCCUGGCGCCCGGCAUGCGGCUGCCGGCGCACCACACCAGCACCUACCGCCUGCCGCACGUGCCGCACACGCACUUCGCAGAACAACUCACACGAAUGGACAUGGAGCUGUUCAAGAAGCUGGUCCCGCAUCAGUGUCUCGGUGCCAUAUGGUCGAGGAGGGACAAGGAUCGAUCGCACGACGCCGCCACCGUUUUAGCCACCGUCAAUCAGUUUAAUGCAGUAUCGUUUAGAGUUAUAUCGACCAUUCUAGUGGAGCCGAACUUGAGGCCGGCCGACCGAGCCGAGAUACUUUCCGCGUGGUUCGAUAUCGCGCGGGAAUUAAGAGUGCUUAAAAACUUUUCUUCGUUGAAAGCGAUCAUCUCCGGAUUACAGAGCAACGCGGUGUAUAGAUUGAGGAAGACGUGGGCGCUGCUUCCGAAAGAAAAAUCGGAGCUGUUUGAGGAGUUGGCGAGAAUUUUUAGCGAGGAUAACAACCGAUGGGCUCAGAGGGAACUUCUGAUGCGCGAGGGCACCGCUAAGUUUGCGGACACGGUCGGUGAAAACGAUCGCCAGCUGCAGAAGCUGCUGCACGAGCGCGGCUCGCCCGGCGUCAGCCACGGCACUAUUCCUUAUCUAGGAACAUUUCUAACCGAUCUCACUAUGAUCGAUACCGCUAUCCCCGAUACGGUGGCGGACGGCUUGAUAAAUUUCGACAAACGACGAAAAGAAUUUGAGGUGCUGGCGCAAAUAAAGUUAUUACAGGGUGCCGCAAACGCUUACCAUUUACCAUCGGACGCGAUGUUCGACAGAUGGUUCGAUUCCGUCAUAAUUCUUGACGAUCGCGAGGCGUACCAGCUCUCCUGUCAAAUAGAACCGCCCACGAACCCACCCAAAGAGAGGAGGCCGAGAAAGAUCGCCGACAAUAACAACCAGUGUCAUAGGAAAAAUGAUUCCAUCGCUAGCACGAGUUCUAGUAACAGUUCGCAAUUUUACUGCGAGACGGACGGCGUCACCAACGCCUGGAAGCGGGACAGCCUGGAGAGGCGGACGUCGCCCACCAGACUGUCGCAUGGUUCCUCCUCCUCCUCCCUGCCCUCUUUAGAUGUGUCAUUAUCGAGCGCGAACAGUGGCCAGAAGCCGCCGAACGGGAAAGUUCCUGCAAUCAGUCCGGCAUAUGCGAAUACACGAAACGGUCCAGAUUUCUACAUAAUCCGUGUGACGUAUGAAUCUGAUUGCGUGGAGACGGAGGGCGUGGUGCUGUACAAGUCGAUAAUGUUGAGCAACAAUGAGCGCACGCCGCAGGUCAUCCGCAACGCCAUGCUAAAACUGAACCUCGACGGCGACCCCGACGCCUACACGCUCGCACAGGUCCUACCUGAUCGAGAAAUGGUGCUCCCGGCCAAUGCGAAUGUAUACUACGCAGUGAACACUGCAUAUAACCUCAACUUCAUACUGCGGCCGCGCAAGUCGCAGCUAACAGAACCUGUGGCAAACGGAAAACCAAAAAACAAACGAACUUGAAUACAAAUUAUCUAAAUUUGUAAGAAAUAUUUUACAACACUUCAUAAUACUAGUCUAUUUCAUUCGCCCGAAACAUGAAUGCAUUCAUAAAUGUUUGUUUUUAAUAAAGAGAUGCAAUAAGUAAUAAGUGAUUCACAGCUCAUCUAUGUCUCUCAAACAAUGAACAAUAAACUAUGAAAUAGUGAUCUUUAAAAGUUAUGGAAUAUUGAAAACAACAAAUUUCUAGAAUUUUACAUAAUAUGUAUACAGGUUUCGAUUUGUGUGUGAAAAACCUAAAUGAGUACUAUUUGGAUUUCGACGAUUGAAACCUUAACACAUGUUGUCUCUAUUUUUUCCGAGAGAAUGUGAGAGAUGAAAAAAUCCAUACUGUGCACUAUAAGGGUGCGUACUGACCGACGU